UUUGUUUUCAGAUAUGUGUAUUUUCGUUUGAUAAUGAUAUGCAAAAUAUUACAUACAGGAUAAAACAUAUGUUUAUUUAGUUAACAUUAUUUGGUAAAUGUCAAAUUUUAGUUUCAAAAAUUCUGUCUUCAUUUUUUUAGUAGUAACAUUAACUAAUGUUAGCAGUAUAGGUCAUGGCAAAAUUAAGGGAGGAAGGUAUGCGAAAUUGGGAGAAUUCCCUUUCGUCGGUCACAUAGCGACUGUUUAUCCAAACAAGACAUUAGAAUUAUGCGGAUGCUCGUUGGUAUCAGUGAGUAAAAUUGUUACUGCAGGUCAUUGUUUUGUGAAGUGGAAUACGGGUGUGAAAACAUUUCUAGAUUUGGAAUUAACAAUAGCGUAUUUUGGCUCGUUGCAACUCAUGGGACCGGACGCUCACACCUCCAAACUUACAUCUUUGAAGGUUCCCAAUGGGAUGAGAAUGAGAAAGAGGGGAGGGAUUAUGCACGAUUUUGCGCUGGCUGACCUCGUCACGCCAGUCCCUAUCACUCGCACAAUAAAGCCUUUUGCCGUUUAUUCCUUCGAAAAAAAUGAGUUUAAAAGCGGUUGGGAUGAGAUGGUGACUUCGAAGGUAAACUGCUUGACCAUGGGGUGGGGAGCAAAGCGGUUUCAUGUUUGGAGAAAUACAUUUGUACCGAAAAGGGCCAGUAAAUAUUUAAAAACGAUAUGGGUACGACCGUGGGAAGAGGAUAAGUGCCAAAAGUUGGAUGGUCCCUCGAAUGAUUCUAUGGUGCCUUUUGGACUAGUUUGCGUCGAGUCUAUUUCUAAACGCGACGCUUUACUGCUUGGUGAUUCUGGAUGUCCAUUGGUAUGCGGUGAUUACGUCUGGGGUGUGGGCUCAACUUUUGCUGUAGAUGCCCCUGUAUAUCAAUUUAUUUUACAUUGGAAUUAUUUGGGCGAACUUCUGUUCACUACGGAUUCUUCCGUAAUAUGUAAAAUAUGUCCACAAAUUUUGCUUUCUACGAUUUUAUACGCUAUAUUAUAUUUUGCAUAAGGGUCAUAUAAUUAGCGCUACACUAUGUAUGAUUCAAUUUUAAUAAGUAAACGCAUUUUUUCUCAGAAAACUUGUUUUUGUAACGUUUAGUAGUUCAAAUAGAAAUCAUCCGAAAAGAAAUAAAAUUUUUUUUUACUUAAUAAAGCUUUAAGUCAGUCAUUGUCGAACAACUUUGAUGAGGUUAAGAACCCCUUAGAGAGUUUCACCCAAUGGACUGGAUCAAUGAAAAUAUACUGCAUAAUGUGUGGUGAUUAGGACCGUUAGUCUAUGAUUAUUU